AUGUUUCAGGUAUCUUCUCCUAUAGCAUCUUUGUUUGUAGCUAUGCAGCACAAUGUUACAGUUAAUGGCAGUGACAAUAUGCAGUUUAGUUACUAUACAUAUGGUCCUAAAGAUACAUUUGCUAUCUUUUUCUACAUGCUCAUCUGUGUUGUCAUUCAUGCUGUCAUCCAAGAAUAUGUCUUAGAUAAAAUUAAUCGCAAAAUGCAUCUGUCAAAGUUGAAACACAGUAAAUUCAACGAAUCUGGUCAGCUGAUAACAUUCUAUGCAGCAUCAAUUAUCUGGGGGGCAGAUAUCAUCAUAAGGGAAGCUUACAUCAGUAAUAUCAAUGCAUUAUGGGAAGAUUAUCCUCAUGCUGAAAUUGCCUAUUGGUUACACUGUUUCCCUGAACUUUACUUUCAAAAAAUAAAGAAGGAGGAAAUUCCGGCCAGAGUUCUCUACACAUCAUUGUACCUCACAACUAUCAUAACUGCAUACUUACUGAACUUUACUAGAGUUGCAUUGUGUAUGUUGGUCCUCCAUUAUACAGUAGAUUUUGUGUUCCAUUUUGCUCGAUCCAUGCACUUUGGUGAAAAACAGAAAUUUGCAUCGAAUGUUUUCAUGGUGUGGAAUGUGUUAUUUGUAAUAGUUCGCUUCACUAUAAUCACAUUGGCAUUUUUAACAUUCUGGUAUGGUUUGGAAAAGACGAGUCAGUCCUCAAUAAACUUUGCUACUGGUAACUUUAAUACCAUGUUGGUCAGGAUUAUUUGUCUCAGUGGAGUGUGCUUACUCCAAGGAUGGAUGAUGUGGAAGUUCAUCAACUUCCACAUAGUACGCAUACGAGAAAGAGAUGUAACUGCUUCUUACAGGAAAUCUAUGUCUCCCAAGAAGAAGCAAGCCAAAAUCAGAGAUUCUAAUGCUGAUUUUAACCACCACAACAGUGCUACUGAAAAUGGUUCCGUACGUUCUCGAGGAAGAGGCUUUUUUAACAUCCAGUCCAAUCUAGUUUAUCUCUCUCUCUCUCUCUCUCUCUCUCCCCCUCCUCCUUCUUGCCUCCUCCUCCCAUUUCCCUCCCCCUCUCCCUCCUGUACAAAUUUUCUUCUCCUUUCCAAUUUUCUGUAUUUGUUGGCCUACACAGACCACACUUUCUAA